UCUCUUUUUUCUUCUUCUUCUUCUUCUUCUUCUUCUUCGUCUCUGUUUGCUUUUUCUUUCUCAAAAAUCUGCUCUUGCCUUUCCCCAUUUAUGUAAUCAUUGAUUUGUCCUUGGGGUGUUUUCCCUAUAUUAACAGAUAAAUUUUUUUAAAAAUCAAAGUUCAAAAUUGUCUGUGGGUUUCAAUUCACUGCCUGGGCACCUUUUAAAUUAUUAAAGAUCAAAUCUUUGACCCCUGAACACCUCAAGAUCAGUUGAAUUUGCUCCAGUAAUCUCCUCCAGGUGCUUAGAAGCUUUGUGAUAAGAAGAUGGGAUGUUUCACGGUUUUAAAAUAUAAGAAGAAACCGUCUGAGAAGACUAUCCAUGUCAAACGUGUUAACCCUCAGGAUCAUUCCCCUACAGCAACAGCGUUGCCCGAACCCCCAGUACAAACGAGGACAUUGCAGUCUGCUCCGCCGAGUUUCAAGACUAGAAUAAAAUCCGUUCAGUCAAAUAACCGAGUAAGGAGCAGUAGGACGAGAGCACUAUCUGCACCUUCGAGUCUCGACACUGCAGAACAAGUUCUCAUGGACAGUGAGGAGCAGGAGUCGAGCAAAAGUCGUGUGGGAUCGAUGAAAGAAUAUCAACCGCCAAGUCCUCAGCCUCUUCCUCUCCCCUCACCCCAGAACGCUGCCACCCUGAAAACCAUGGGGAGCUUUAAAAUCGGAAAUGCUAGCGGCCCUCUCACCGCCUCUGGUCCGCUCCCGCUGCCUCCCGCCCUGCCCCCUACACUGCUUUCUACGGGAAACCUAAAGAACUUUACGUAUGAAGAGAUUGCAGCUGCAUGCCACAACUUCUCCCCCGAACGAUGUAUGUCAGAAGGUCUUUCUUCUGUUUUGUACAGAGCCUCGUUUGGGGAUGAUCUGCCGGGCGCAAAGAAGCUAGAAGCCACUGUCACUCGUCUCCACCCUUCAUCUCAGGGUUUGAAAGAAUUCGUGAAUGAAGUUAACACCCUAGCUUCAUUGGAACAUCCUUCGCUUUGCAAACUAAUUGGUUUCCAUGCACGCGAAGGCUCGGGGGAGAGGAUGCUAGUUUAUGAGAGGCUUUUCCAUGGAAGCUUAGACAGGCUUUUAUUCGGGAGAUCAGAUGGACCCCCGAUAGAUUGGAAUGCUAGAAUGAAAAUUGCAUUCUGUGCUGCACAAGGGCUUACAUUUCUCCACGAGGAAGGACCCUUUCAGGCAAUGUUCCAUGAAUUUUCAGCUGGCAAUAUACAGAUCGACAAAGAUUUUAGUGCAAAGCUUUCAGGAUAUGGUUGCAUUACCCACAUUCAAGAAACUGACAUCUCGUGUAGUUCAGCUGCGAUUGCAAAUCUUUCUGCGGAGACACUGGAGAAGGGUUUGCUAACCCCUAAGAGCAACGUUUGGAGCUUCGGGAUUGUGCUUCUUGAGCUUCUCACGGGCAGGAAGAAUUUGGAUAGUCGGCAUCCAAAGGAAGAAUGCAAUUUGGUGAAGUGGAGCUGGCCCUUUCUGGCUGAUGAUUCUAGGCUAUCACUUAUCAUGGACCCCCAGCUGAAAGGUCGGUUCCCUGCCAAAGCAGCUAGGACGAUGGCCGACAUUGCUCAAAGAUGUCUGCAAAAGGACCCGUCGGGAAGGCCCACCAUGAGAACCAUAGUGGAGCAGCUCAAGACUGUGCAGGACAUGAAGUAUACUUCGCGGUUUCCACUUCAAGAGCCCGGGAGAGCCAGCAUGAAGCACAGAUCAAACUCACCUAGCUUGAACGGGAUCAUCCCCCCACCCCCAAUGCUAAAUCUCUCCCCUUUGUCACCCUCCACCAGACCCCCGCCUAUUUCACCUACACAGCCACCCCUAUCUCUUCCCCCUCGGACAUGCUCCUUCUCUCUGGAGGACGUGGAUCAACAUGAGAGCCGGAGGACAUCAUCUUCAUCUGUAAGGAGAUCCAGCGUCGAAGGAUUUUGAUUGUUCAUAUAGAGAGCAUUUUUUAAAUUCUUUUCUUUUUAUCGAAAAGUGGUUUUUACAUGAAAUAUAGAAGAUAAAGAUGUGGUUCCUCCACCCUCUUUCUCUUAGAGGAAGUAAAUAUGAGGAAUGGCAUUUUGUAGAUAUGCUUUUUCUUGGGUUAAUUAUUAGUUUCAUCUACUAUAGGGCUAUAAAGGAGGGGUUGUAGCUUUCCUUGAUUGAAUACCAUUUCUCAGUGUGUAUCUGUGUAGAGAUUAUAUUUGGUUAAUUACUUGUAUAAAUAUAUAUA